AUGUCAACACCACAUCUCCCACCGACAUCACUCCCUCCACCACCGCCACCAGGCGCAUACUCAGACAACCCACCACGACACAUGAAUUACGAGAGUGCGCCUUCUAUGCCCCCAACCCCGGGUGGCUAUCGUGCGCCGAGUUUUCCUCCACCGACUCCCGUGCCUCAUCAGUCGUCCUACGAGCAACAUGGAGGCUACCCAUCCAGCCACGAGCCGUUCUACAGUGUCUAUUCGUCGUCCGUUCCUGCCAAGAAGAAGAACACACGCGCUUCCCAGGCGUGUGACAGCUGCCGGCAGUUGAAAGCCAAGUGCGAUGAGACAAAACCAUGCAAAACCUGCAAGGAAAAGGGCGUAGAAUGCAAAUAUCGUGACCCAGUCCCUAAGGCCACGGACAAGGCUCAAGCCGAUAUUCUGGAUGGCCUCAGUACAGUUCAGACAUCACUUAAUUCGAUCAUGUCGCAUCUGGGGCGCUUCGAUCAAAGGCUGGUCAAGAUGGAAUUAUUAUUGCCUAAACAUGUUGCGGCAUCGACAUUGAAGACGGAAACAUCUGUGGAUGAUGAGUACAAACGCGCGCCCGCAUCGCCCUACGUUGCCAACGGGGCCGAACCUUACUAUAACGAUGUUCACCGUGAUCAUCCAUCAUCAGAGCCUAUGCCACUACGUAUGAUGGCCGAGGAUGAGAUGGAGGCUGAACCUGGCCCCCCCGUCCCCCCCGGAGAGCCUGCUAUCCCUAUCAACCAUACGACUCUGGCAGGCCUGCUUUUGGACUGGCCAGGAGUUCGCGACCUUACAAGACAUCACAUUGAGCGUGAAGGCAUUCGGUACAUCAGCGAGUAUCCUAUUAGUCAGGAACAGAACAGAGGCGUAUUGAUUGUCUAUGGACGGGGUGAAGAUUCUCAUCCAUCACGGCAUGUUCGGGAACCGACCGACCACGGCAAUCUGGACAUGGCCGACGACUCGUCCGAUAUGGCAUCUCCCUCACCAGCGGCUGAUUGGGGUCAGCUUGGCGGACUAAGCCCUCCGGAUCAAGUGGAAUACAAGGGCGGUGUUUUGGCCUUUGACGGAAACCCUGAUUUUUCAGAGUCGAAAGUUUGGGCAUAUGUGGAAAGCUUCAAAGAAAACAUUCUCAAUAUGCACCCUAUCAUCCAACCAAAGCUGCUGGACUACUGGGUUAGGCAUUUCCUGGACAAUCUCCCAGCAUCACACCCUCGAUCUACAAAGCCCCAGACGUCCAAGCCUACGUUUGCCGUUGGAGGAGGCUCUCAGACACCUGAAGCGGCCGGCUCAAAAAGGAAGCGAUCGCCAGGACCAGAUGGAUCCGAGCCACCCACACCAGCGCCACAGCGUGCUGGCCGACCAGAUCGUUCCAUCCACAGCGCCCUUGUUCUCACUGUUCUAGCUUUGGGCAAGGUCUGCUUGCAUCGUGAUAACGUUCCUGACGUCGUCCAUCCAACAGAUCCUCUUCCUCAUGGUAGCCCAGCCGUCCGCAAUGGAGCUAUUCCCCCGUCGCCCAACCAGGGUUCACCUCCUGCAUAUUCAUCACACUCGCAUUCAUCAGGUUUGCCGUCUCCUAAGGAGCACGACAGAAACAUCCACAGCCGCCGAUCAUCAAUCCACGGCGUUGGUGGUUUCCGCUCGGGUUUCAGCUUGAAAAAGAACUAUGAGGUGAUUCCUGGCCUAGAAUAUUUCGCGUAUGCUACCGAUAUUCUUGGCAACCACCUUGGCGCGUAUAACAAUAUGAAGAAUGUGUAUGCCAACAUCUUCGCUGGAUUAUACCAUGGCCAGUUGGGUAGGCCGAUGGAGAGUUUCGCUUUUAUCCAUAAGGCUAGCCACAAAUUACAGGUUAUUAUGAGGCCGAGCUUGGAUAAGAUGAGACGAAUCAAGCGCAACAGCGAGUUUAUCCAGGAUACGAAGUAUAAUCAGCUUGCUUUGACGUUCUGGACCUGUCUACAGCUCGAGAGUGAUCUCAUUGCGGAAAUGCAACUGCCACCUUCAGGACUGCUGUCGUACGAAGACGAUAUGCCGCACCCCAACAUGAGUCUUUUGGAAGGUUUCAACCAGCGAAUUCUCGAUAGUUACCCUGGCCAGCUGUACCUGCGAACGCAUCUCAACAGCAUCCACCGCAUGUUCUACGCACCCGAGGACCCGGCCAAGACCGGCAAGGACAAGUUUAGGAACGUCGGUGUUGUCUCUGAUGCUGUCUCGGGCAUGCAUUGGGUCGCCCCCAGCUUUGCCUUUAGAGAGGAUGAUCCACCAGCAGAUGACAUCUUGGCAGUUAGAUUACGGGCUAAAUACUGGGGAGCGCAGGUGAUCACUUAUCGCCCGUUCAUCCGCCAAAUCUUGCAAUUCUCGCACUCAAUCAAGAACCACGCUUCAAGCCCCAACUUUCCUACAGUCAGCUCCGAGUUCCGACAGGAUGUCACGGCACCCGUCAUUCACCCAAAAGCGAGAACUCAUGGCGAUAUCGAUCCUCAGGUUGUUGAGCUGGCUAAGAAGGGCAUCAAGGCGCUUAUCGAGAGUACUCGUGCCUUCCACGGUUUGGGAGACAAGAGGCCGAUUAUCACCAACAUCUUCGGCACGGCACACGCACAAUGGGGUAACCUGCUGGUUCUUUCAGCUGCAUUCCGCGAUCCUGUGCUUCACACUUAUGUGGAUGAGGAACUGUUGCGAACUCUUUUCCACAAGACGAUCCAGUUUCUGCGACAGUCGGCAACUGCAACCAGCGCACUUCGGAAUGACCUGCAUAUCCUUGAGGGCCUGCAAAGAGACCUCUUCAGCUAUGAUCCUAGGACUAACUCAAGCUUCUCGAGCGGUACGAGCGGUCCUGGUUAUCAUACCCCAAGGCCUACCGCCAUGGCUGCGCCCCCGCAGAUGCAUCACUCAAUGAGCGAUCAAGGUCAUCCACGUUCGAUGCCUCACCAUAUGCAGAUGAACUCAUCUCAUGGCCAGUAG